AAUUCACAAGAAGUAUAGAUCCCAACCAAACAAAAUAAAAAGAGAACAAAGACCCAAGUUACCAAACCCCCUCCUCGUUGUUCACCUCUCUCACAGACACACACUCUCUCUCUUGUUAUGUAAGAAAGAGAUCACAAAUUUGUUUAUGCUGGAGAGCAAAACAACCCAACAUUCAGACACUGGAAACAGAGAGAGUGGAAACCUUCCCUUCCAAUAAAACCGAGAGCAUAACAAAAAAGAAAAAAGAAAAAGGGUACCUUUUGCUUUUAAAUGCUCCCUUUCUCUCUCUGUCUCUUAAAAAAGACUUUGAUUCUGAGUUUUCUCGCCCCUCUCUCUUCUUCCUCUUUUAUCCUUUUUAAAAAAUCGUGCUGUCUUUUCUGAGUUUUUCUCUCUUUUCAACAAAGGAGCUGAGAUAGGUGAGAAGCUAAGCUAUGGUGGUGCAGCGACAGCGGAAGAAUGAUGAUGAUGACGUGGAGAUGGUAAGGAAAUGGCCGUACUAGAAAUGACUCAACAAAGCAAAACUACCAGCACCAACAAUGCCAACACUAACAACACCUCGACUCAUUUGCAACACCAACAGCAAGUAAAGCCAACGAUGUUUCACGAUUUCCUGGGUAUGAAAGCUACAGAUUCCCAUGUCGUUUUAGCCCCUAAGGCCACUGACGCAAGGUUUUCAGAGGCUUCCCCUUCUGCUUCGGCCUCUGUUGGUGCUUCUUCUGCUGGUGGUGGUGGUGUUGCCCGUGGGCCCAUCUCUUCCACAUCUGAUCUGGGUUCUGUAGAAAGACAAGUCGGGAAUCAUCUUGAGGGCAUUCCAUACUAUGGCCCAAGGAGUGAAAUAUCUGGGCCCGAGAUAAGCAACAGAUUGGUAGGAAGUAAGAGAGGUAAUUCAGAUUCAGCCUUUAUGGGUCAUGAAUCUCUUGACAGCUUGCAUUUGAUGAAGAUGCUUCGUAAUGGGGCUGGGGGAGAGCGUUCCAGAAGGUCCAAUGAGGAUGAAGUGUUUGUUGGUAUGCAGUCAAUGAGGCCUUCUUCUGCAUCUCUUAUAUUACAGCCCCCCACUGGUAGCAGACCUGAAGGAAAUGCUUCCAAAUGGGAGCGGUCUGUCCCCAUGAUAGGCUCCGCAGUUCAGUAUGGUCCACGUGGUGGUCACUUUGUGCCUUUUGUGCAUCAAGCAUCUUCACAUAGGUUCAAGGAUACAAAUGUUGGUCCUUCUGUUAUCUCUCAGUCGGCUGCUGAUGAAGGUUCUAGAACUGGAAUUAAAGGCCCUGGAAUUUUGAGUUCUAUUAAUACUAGUGGUAUUCCCACUGAAAAAAACUCAUCUGGGGUAGUGCCAAGUGGGGCCAGACCAAAGUCGGGGGCACAUAUUUCAGAUCCAGAGUCUUCAGUUCCUCCAAGUCGACAAGGAUUAACAUCAGCCAGCCGACAAAUGACUAUUUUUUAUGCUGGUCAGGCUCAUGUCUUUGAUGAUGUGCAUCCAAACAAGGCAGAUGUCAUAAUGGCAUUGGCAGGAUCAAAUGGAGGAUCUUGGUCAACAACGUACUCUCCUAAAUCUGCUGUGAAGCCAGUUAGCGAAAAUUAUGCACCUGGUGAGGAACCUGAAGCAGUGGGUAGCAUGAUGUUCUCACGGGAAUUUAGAGGGAGGAUAGCUGUUGCUGGUAAUACUAGUCAAGGAACUGGUUCUGGUGAACGAAUCUCAAAACAAACAGGGGUUCCUCAAGGCACCGUUGUUAUUGCGAAAGAUGCAAGAAACCCAGUUCAAGCAGCAGAACCUAGUGCCGAAGAUAAAAGAGAGGUAUGAAGUCAAGGGAGUUGGGAAUAGCUUCAAAUCUAUGAGCAGACAUGUUAGGAAGAAUGAGCUGUUCCUUCUCUACUGGCAUCAAUGCUUCAGCUUCUUUUUUCUGAUUUUCUUGCAUUAUCAUUUUUAGAAGUAAAGAGAAGGUGGGUGGUUUGGGGGAGAUGGGGUACUACUGUUUUGUUUAUAGAGGAGACAAUUGGAUCAUCAAUUAACCAUCAGGUGAAGAUAUUUUUAAGCU